AUGACAACUUCUACAACAAAUUUUCUAGCGUCGCUACUUGCUUCUUCCUCGACUGGAGGCACGACAGCGACCCCGCUUGCUAAAGGCAGCAAUCCUUUCGCUAUCGGCGCGAUGGAAUCUCCGCAGGAGAAGUUGAGACUGAUUCUGGAGGAACGAGAGAAAUUGGAGGAGCAGCGAAUGAAAGUAGGAGCAUCAACGGGACCGAUUGUACCAAAAAGUUUCAUGGCGACCAACCCUCCCGCGGCUGCUACGAUGGACAGCUCUAAGCUUCAAAAUCAGCAAAACCCUCUUUUUGCAACGGACAACGGCAAUGGCACAAUGGGAAGUCAAGUUGAACCUGCAGAAGAUGAUCUAUGGAAGCUGUUAAUGUCGUCCUCAAUCGAUUCCUUCAGACGGGUACCGGUAAAUGAGAUGGGACUGUAA